UGCUGCUACUUUGAUUUCAGUUCGAGCCAAGCUGCAGUACGAUAGCACCUGAACGCGUCCGAUCUCUCGCCCUCGGAACGUUUGUUCAAGCGGACACUUUACAGCUGUGGUGUGGUUUUCGAUCGUGUGCUAGCAACACAACAACACCACUAGAGACAGCACAUACAGCAAGAGAGAGUGUGUGUGUGAGAAAGAGAGAAGGACACAAAGUGAGCAAAAGUCAGCACGGUGUAACACGAAGCACCCACUAAGCACGCGGACAGCGAUCGGCAUCAUCCAUUACCACCAUCCCUCCCACCCACAACAACAACCAACGAUACAACGGGGUGGGGUGGGUGAAAGGCAGAAGUGAAAAAAAAACAUUAGAUCGCAAUCGCGCGCGCGAUCAUCACUACUCGUGUGCACAACGACGCAGCAGCGUCAAAGCGCUGGUUGUUGGUUGCAGGCGCGGCGCCACCACCAACAACCCCUAGACAUAUGCUCCGAUAAUAUGCGCAGUGGAGCAGCGCAGACCGGUAGGCGGCAACAGUGUAGCGGAUAGAGAGAGAGAGAGAGACAGUAGCAGCAGCAGAACACACCAGAGAGACAUACCAGACGAAGAGCAGCAGCAGCAGCAGCAGUACAGCAGCAACGCAAAUACGCCGUUUUGCUGCAGCAAAUCAAAAACAGCGCGAAUCGAUCGAGUGUAGUGUGUGUGUGUGGGGGGCAAUAAAUAGCAGUGAGUCAGGCCGCCCAAAGGUUAGCGAAUUUGGAGCGCAACGACCAAAGCACGUGAAACUGUGAUCCGCACCGCGAGAGAGUGAUGCGCCUAGUGGCGCCGCACCGUUCGAUUGUCGUCACCCUCGCCCGGUUGGCUGCGUCGUGUGUUGUGUGCGCCGUGCACUGAAGCUGUGAAGCAAACGGCGGGUCUAUCUCACACGCGGCAUAGCGGUAGGAACGAACCACCAGGACAUUACACUACGAACGCGCUUUGAGGCUUUGUGUUUCGGUGUGAGCGUGGCCCUUGUUGCUGGCAAAGCGGGAAUGCUAAGCUAAAAGGAUCGACCGGAUUACAUAUCGCAAAACGCGUUGGCCAAGCUCGAGGAAACGAAUGCGGUGGUGCGGCUUGGCACGGGUACCGCUGGCAGGCGUGGUGAAACGCGCGUGGAGACAGGAGCGGCAACCGGUGGCGAGGCUGUCGGAGGGGUGCGGCCGGCGGUUGACCGGUGAGCAGGCGGCGGGACGAUUGUUGCAAUAGGGUUGCGGGUGGAUUGCAUCGGCAAACCCGGCACCAUGAUGUUCGUAUUUCACGUGGAUCAAGGUCGCAUGCUGACCUUUAAGAUGGAGUGCAUGUUUGAGGACAUCCGGCGGUUGAAGGAGCUGAUCGAGCGGAACCAUGCGAUACCGGCCAGGAGCAUCGUGCUGCUGGUGAGCGGUGGCGAGCUGCUGGAGGACGAAAGUCGCGCCUGCCACUACGCCACCGGUACCGACACGAACCCGAUCUACAUGUUCUGCAAAACCGUAGGCGAGUCACCGCUGCUGUCGCCUGGACCGAUUAAAGAGACUGAGGUUGAUCUGGACGGUUUGGUGCGGAAAAGUCUGGAGCUUCCAGUGACGUUCGCGGGGAUGGCGGCCCGGGCCCAGCUCGCCCAGCGGAUCUACGAGAUGGGGCGGGAGGAGCUGCGGCGGUGCGAAUCGCUCAUCCACGAGCAGCACCUGCAGCAGCAGGGCUGGGCGGCGGUGGUCGCCAACAUGGAGGACACGAUCAAGGAGUUCCAGGAGCGAUGCGAAUACUUCAACCGCUACUACGAGGAGCAGCUGCGGAUGUACGAGGAGCAGAUGGAUAUUUUGCACAGUUUUGACAAAAGCCUACAACAGCUGGCAGACAUUCCAAUCCUUUCGUCGCUGAUGGAAAAUGCCGAAUCGCGCCCGUACGGUGUGUUCGACGAGGUGUUUAACCCGAGCAGAGCGGGCAGCAACACCGAUCAACAGUCCUCCUCUGCAGCGGGCGGUAGUGCUGGUGGUGGUGGUUCGGGAGGUGUGAUCGUAUCGACGAGCGCUGGCGGGCCGCCGCCAGGCAUCGAGAGAAACACGGACGUCGACACAGAGACGGAGGAGGGGCAAAAAGUGGAAACCACUGGCAGCGGUACAGAGCUGGCAACGGUGGAGGACGGUGGAGGUGAGGUCGCACUGACGGAGGGCGAACGGGCGAAAGGCAUCUCGCUGCUCGACUGGAUCUCGGCGAUGGAGGGCCAGCUGACGCUGAAGCGCAUGGCCGAGGAGUGUCGCAUCAACAUCGAAAAGUUCAACCGCAACUUGCUGGUCAACCUGAACGAUCGCAUCGAGAAAGCGGUGAAAGCGUCGCAAAAUGUUGAUAUUAAGGUAGUGAAAGGAUUGGAGGAACGAUUGCGCGGGCUAGACGAGCUGCUGGCGAAGGCGAAAAAGCAGCUCAGCGACCAGAACGGGCUGGCGGAGGGUAUCGCGAAGAACCAGCAGUCGGCGAGCAAAAUCAACGACGCGUCGGUGCUUCCCCAGCUGUGCGUGUCGCACCAGAACACGCUGCAGCUCAUGAAGAAGAACCAUGCCGAUCUGCUCGAAUACAAGCGCCGCUGUACGGUGGCGAAGGAGGAGCUCGGCCUAAAUCUAACGAAAAGGAUCAAGUAUAUUAUGAACGUGGAGACGAGGGUGCACGAGCUGGACAGUACGCUGCAGCUGUACCACACGUCGCUGCAGCGUCUGCAGAAGCAUCUGAGCAUCAUCGAGCAGAUCCAUAUGGUGCCGUGCAUCUACGUGAGCGCCGUAACCGAGGUGGUCCGUCGGCGUAUGUUCUCUAGCGCGUUCUUAAGGUGGGCUUCCGAUUUGGCAUGCCGGCUGAUGGCGAUACACAAUGAGGAGGUUGCAAGGCGGCAGGACUUUACCUCCAUCUUCGAAGGGCACUUCCUGAGCUCGCUCUUUCCGGGCAUGACCGAUAUGCCACCGUCCUACGCCAUCCAGGCACCAUCGGUGUUCGAUUCUAGUCUACCAGCGCUGGACAAGCAGGACCUGGAGGAGCUGUCCCGCUAUCUGCCCGAACUGACGGAGAAAAUUCCGCUACCGAACAUAGCUUCUGUGAUAGAUUUUUUUCAAACUCGAUCGGUAGAGCAGCAGCAGCUGCAGCAGCAAGAUGAUGGCAGUGGUGCCGGAAAGGACGAUGCGUCGGUACGCAGCAAGGACGGCGCCACGUCCAGCAGUGACAAUGCGGCGGAGCAGCAGUCGGGCGGGAAAGAGAGUGAUAAGGUCGGGGCAGAAUCGGAAACCGACACCGAGGAUUACGAGAAGGUUCAAAAUCAGAGUCCCGUCGGUGGCCGCUCGACGCAGGAGGACGCACCGGUGGCGACGGUGGCGGUGGUAGAGACGUGCAGUGUGGCCACCUGCACCGAGCCGGUGGAGACGGUUUGUGCGGAAACGCUUACAGAGGAUAAUCUCGGCACCACGCGCCUGGAGGUGGAAAGGCUCAAGGGUUUGCUCAGCAGCGUGUACCAGCUGUCGCAGGACUCGAUUAUGAUGCUGCGCGACCAGCUGGCACGGGUGCGGGCGGAGGCGGAUAGCAACCGCACCCAGUUCCAGUCGGAGCUCGGUGCAAUGAACCGGGCGUGGAACGACAUCCAGCAGCUGGCGCGCAACCGCGAGCGGGAAACGAUCCAGCAGCUGACCGUCGACCACGAGCUGGAGAUGAACGAUCUGCGCAAAAGCAUCCACCACAAGGACGAUGAGAUACAGUCGCUCCGGUCGGACAACAGCACGAUGAAGGCGAGCCACAUCGAGACGGUGUCGAGCUACGAGCAGGAAAAGCGGGAGCUGAGCGACCAGAUCGCGCAGAUGCGCGAGGUGAUCCGCCGGCUGGAGGAGCAGCUGGCGAGCGCCGAGGUGGACCGCAGGAAGGCGAUCCAGGAAGCGAUCGAGCAGCUGGAGCACAAGCACCGGACGGAGAUGGAAUCGUUGCGGUGCCGGUUCAAGCUGAUGGCCACCAGCAUGGACCGGUCGCCGUCGGACACGAGCCUGGAGAAGAUCGAGAAGCCGGACAUGAUCGACAUUGGUACGCACGAGCAGCUGCUGGCGCAGGUCCGGCUUGACCUGCAGCGGGAGAAAGAGCAGGCGAUAAAGGCGGCCGUGGAGGAGGAGCGCCAGCGGUGGGAAGCGAAUGCGAUCGGGGGCAGCAUCGUUGGCAGUGCGGGCAGUGCGGGCAACCAACGAUUGCACCGAUCGUGUAUCCAGGACCGACAGCUGGAGGAGCUGCCAAGGAUUGAUGCGCGAAUCCAAUCGCUGACCGAUCCGGAACUAAGCCCGCUGAACGACCACAGCUGCCGGGAGCAGAUGGAGGCGCUCGAAACCGACCGGCAGCAGCUGGCGGACCGGCUGGACAAGCUGCACGACAACUUGCGAACGCUCGAGGAGGAGAAGAACGCACUGGCGUGCGAGGUGCGGAAGCACCGGAUGGAUACGGCGCAGUUGCUGACCUGCUCGGACGGUGACACGGUGACGUACGUGUGGAAUCCGAAGAACUCGCAGUACAACAUUGUGCAGUCGGGCGAGUUUACCUACUACUUGCACGAAAGCAGCUACCAGGCGCUCGGGCUGCAACCGACCGUAAGGGGCGAGCAGCCGGACACACUGUUCGGCUUCGGUACGGUCAUACAUAAGGAGUUUUGCCACGCGCGCCGGGACGACAACCGGUACGGUGUGCCGCAAGGUGCGUGCUUCUAUCGCGUCAAGCUAAAGCCGGUCAAUGUGUCGAAAAAGAAGAAAGGACGACCAUCGUCGAGCAGAGGCAGCGGAUUGUCCGCUGAGAUGGCCCCUGCACCGCAGCAACCACCGACGGCCGUCGUGACGAUCGAAAUGCAGUCCAGCAGCAGCAGCAGGAGUGGCGGCGGCGGCGGCGGCGGCGGCGGCACGUUACCGAUCACUACCAGCGCCACCGCCGGCCAGCUGAUCGAUUCAUUCGCACAAACCGACCACCCGACACCGUCGUCCACGACUACGAGCAGCACGACCGGUGGCAUGGCGGACGGUAGCAAAUCGCCCACCGCCGCCAGCCGGGACAUGAUCGACUCGGGCGUGGUGGAGCAGCAGCGCAGCAGCUACCGUGAGCGCAACAUUAGCAUCACGGACGAGGAGGACGGGGUGGUGGGCAGCUUCGGGAUCGGGUCGACGGGCAGCAUCGAUCGCAUCCGCUACCAGAGCGUGUGCGAGGAGGAUGACCCAGCGGACGGUGACGACGAUGACGACGGCGACCUGGCGGACAGUGCCGGCGGCGGUGGUGGUAGCAGUGCGACGGAUCACCAACAACCAUCGUCAUGCUACGCAAGCGCCACCGACACUACCAUCGUUGUCACACGCACGAACCCGCCGCCGCUGAUCCAAGCCUCCAUUGCCGCCGACAGUGGUAACAACAGUGAGGCGUCCACUGCCAGCAGCACCCAUCCGCUAGCCACCACCAGCACCAACAAUUCCACCGCCACCGCAACUAACAGCACCGCCCAGCAGCCGGUAGCCGGCCAGUCGCUGCUGUCGAUCGCGGACGAUGUCAGCGAUUCGGCCGACUCCGAGUACCGGUCGCUCGAGGCAAACGAUCAGGAGGACAGUGACAGUGCGGUGGCACCGCUGCCGCUCGCGGGGAGCGCGGGACGGGAGUGAGCUGUGAGCGCUGGCUAUGGAGAGAGAGAGAGAGGGCAUGAUGGGGUGUUAAAGUGUGCUAAAUGUGUUUGCGGAUUUUAGGAGCUACUAGAGGGGGAAAAACGGAAGGAAUAUGCCAUGGGAGUCGCACUGUGCUCGUCUGUUUCGGUUUUGUGCACAAUCAAUAAGUUAAAAGGGUUUUUUUUGAGCAAAUUUGAGCUACUAAGCAGCACACCGUGUACUGUAAUAAGUAACUGUCUUUGUAACUGCUCGCUAGGUUUUAUUGCUAACAUACUUAUUUGUGUGUUUGAUUGUGUCGCAUGUGCUAGAGAAAGAGAGAGAGAGAGUGCUUAUUUUGUUAAAAAAAGCUUAUUUGCAUAUUGUUUUGGGAACUUUAUAACGAAAUUAAAACGCAAAUCUAUCAUUUCCUGUUGUAACCUUAAAAAAAUCUAACCAUUAAUCCAAUAAGAAAUGUACAUUACACCUUAAUUCAUGCAAACACAGCCAUCACACUCUCCCUUUGGGGGCUGCCUUUUACAGAAAAAAAGCAAAAAAAAGUAACAAGCAAUUCCAUUGCGAGCGAGAGGAAGGGAGGGAGUAGGAAGCGAUGCGUGAUAACCGAAUGUGAAGAGCAGUUCGGCGGAAUGGCCAGCUCUCUAGAGAAAAGCGCUGUAAAAUAUCUUCUGCUAGGGGUUUGUUCACAAAUUCACAGUUUCUCCUCUUUUUUUGUUUUUUGCAAUACCAAUAACAAUUCCUUCUUGAAUCAAACACAAACAAUCACGAUCGAAUAAGGGGAAAAAAUAACGGUAGGACAGUUUAAGAUUGGUACACCGGAAAGGUGGAAGCGCUCAGCCUCAGCAGGUUGGUUUGAGAGAAGUGUAAAUUGCUUAGAAAAAGGCAAGUAAGGGGGAGAUUGUUAUAAAAAUUAGUAUAAGAAGUUGAUAGAGAGAAAAAAAUCAACAAAGAGAGAGAAAAACAAUAUAAAAAAGUAAAUAUCUCGGUAAACUGGUAUGAUAGAAAGUUUUUUUGAUGUAAGAAAAAACUGAAACAAACGAAUACAAUUAAUCGAACGGACAUGGAAGCAAAACAUUGUAAAGGGAAAGAGAGAAAAGAAACUAAAAAAAGCAGUACGAUUUAUUAGAAGGCACCAUAAUCAGAGCUAGUGUUUAGUAAAUUUGAACCAUUACGCUUAUGUUGAAUGUGGCUGCAGGGGACCUGAUGAAGUGUGUAUGUGAGUGUGAGCUGGCGGAGGAAGAAGAAGCAAACAAAACGGGCAAACGGAGGCUUGAAAGAGUUAUUCUGAGGAAAAUUAUAGAUUUUUGUAUAGAAGAGUGGGUGAAAAACAGGCAAAGUGCGUGUGUGUGUUGAAGCCGGUGAUCCCUUCGAGCCUGCCAAUGAGUAUGAGGAAACAAUGCGAGAAGAUGUAGACAAGGCUGUAACAAAAACCACAACUGUUGUGUGUGUGCGCGCGCGAAACAAAAUGAAUGUCUGAUCAGUAGUGCUUUGUAUAAGUGCAAGGGCGUGAUAAUAAGUGGCGAAAAAUGCUUGUUGAUUGUAAAAUUGUAAAUCAUGGAAACGGGAAUGAUUUUCCAACUCGCAAUUCUACUGUGUCACGAUUGUAGGGUUUUACAUAUUCAACUUUGUCCUAAUGCCUACCCGUUUGCUCUAACUACACUAUUGAAUGAAUGGAAUGGAAGAGAGGAAGCAGAACUGCGCUACUACUGUUAGUUCUAAUGUAAUUUACAACUGCAUACGCUGUGUGCGCCUAUAAUACUACGCCUUCGUUUGUCGUGGACGUGAUACGUGAUGGAAAGGAUAUGGUUCGUGGCGGGACGAAUGUAAAGAAAAGCAGUUGUUUCCUGCAACAACAAGAAACUAAUAGAUAAAAUAAAACACAGGAAAACUCAACGAUCAAA